AACACCCCCGUCUUAUCAACGCAACGUCUCGUGAUAUCCUUCACAAAGGCAGUGGCCGGGAUCCUCGACAUCAACCCUAGCUGGUUUGAUCGGGACAUCUGGGACCCAGCAACGCGCACGCGAGGCUCGGCCCUGUAACCGGGGCGCUGGUUCCUCAUCAGCCGGUGGGCUUGAACUCAUCUAGGCCUUUUUGGCUUCUGAAGCCAUCCCGGACUAGACUCCACCGGGUACCACUUUGGGCACCACCACGGCACCACAAGCGGCGGACGAGACCCUCACGACCCUUCUGACCCGUUUAGGCUUCUCGCCUUUCUGUUGGAACCAUCGAUGCUUAAUUAUUUGCUUGCGCCCAGCUGGAAAGCAACGGUUCAGCACGCCCUUCCAGCCCAUCCAUUCCCGCCCUUCCCCGGCGCUUUGGCCCCCAACCCCUCCUCGAAAGAGAUAGGUACUUCACAGGCUGUAUACUUUACCCCCCAAACUCCCGGAGGCGCUUGUUGCUUCGUGUUGUGCUCUGCUCAGUUUUAAACAGUUCAUGUGGGUGGAUUGUUGGGACGGAACCGAGAAGUCACAGUCACGUUAACGACGCGCGAGAACAACCUUGUGUAGAGGGGGCCAGCCGCCAAUUCAGUCGAAGUGAAAAAAGAGCCCUGCGAAAUUGGGAGGCCCAAAAUUUUCUAAAGCGGUCCAGAAUCCCGACUCGGAGCGAUUCCCCUCAGGUCGUUGCUACGUACCUACCGAUACCGAUACCCUUUCCCAGAAGGCGAGAACGGACUCGAGACUCAUCCUUCUUUCGCUUUCAAAAUCGCUUGCUGGGAGAAAUUUACCUUCACGUAAAGGUGGCCCCCAUCCUUCUCGGUUUACGGUCCGGAUUGUUCCCGGUGGACUGCUGCAUGGUGUGACGGCCGAGCGGGCAUAUCGUCGCAUCCGCCAAUAUAGCGCCCCGCGAAUAGCUAGAGCUAUUUGGAGCGAGCUGGCUAGGCUUUGACCUCUUUUUCGUCUGAUCUGCAAAAGUUGGAGAUUCCGGCGAGCCGAUCCCAAACACUGAAGCAAAAAAAUAACACGGCGCGCAGCAAAAGGGGGCAGCAUAUCAGAUCAAAGUCGCCCAUCCCAAAAGCGACGACGACAACCACCCCGAUAUCUACCGCACACGCAAACGCAUUCGCAUCUUCGAAACGGGCAGAGUGUGACGGGCCAGGACGCGUGUAUUGGCUUUUACUCUGCCCUUCAGUUCGUAUAAGCCCUGGCCAGCUGUCUGAGGUGGACUCCUCCCGUUGACCAUGAUGCGCACUUACGGAUUCCAGCCUUGCCGCGAAUUCCACAUCGUUGUCCUAGGUACCGGAGGUGUCGGCAAGAGUUGCUUAACUGCACAAUUUGUACACAAUGAAUGGAUUGAAAGCUAUGAUCCAACCAUUGAGGACUCGUAUAGGACACAGGUGGCUGUCGAUGGACGACAAGUGAUACUGGAAAUCCUCGACACGGCCGGUACAGAACAGUUCGUUGCUAUGCGAGACCUGUACAUGAAGGCCGGCCAAGGAUUCCUGUUAGUCUUCAGUAUAACCUCGCAAGCCUCGCUAGACGAGCUCGCCACGCUUCGGGAAGAGAUCAUACGCAUCAAAGAUGACGAGAACAUCCCCAUCGUCAUGGUGGGCAACAAGGCCGACCUGCUAGACCAACGAGCCGUCGAUCGCGCAAAGGCCUUUACCAUUUCUCAGCAGUGGAAUGCGCCUUAUUAUGAGGCUAGUGCUAGGACGAGGACAAACGUUGACGAAGUCUUCAUCGACCUCUGCCGCCAAAUGCUCCGAAGAGACGAUAGCGGCCAACUAGAUGACGACGAUGGCGCACGCAAUGGUAGCGGGUACGGCUACGGCCAAGGGAAACAGGAGGAUGGUCAUGGGCCCAUGAAGAAGAAGCGGAGGAGAAAGAGGAAGGGCGAUCACAAGUGCAUAAUCAUGUGAAGCAAACUGAACGCCUUUUACAUAACACCUUAGUGCCUCACAGCGUUAAUAAGAUGAUGGUCUCGGGAUUGAGGAACU